GUUUCUGUGUUAUAACUAAGCAUUUUUUAAAAAGGGGGUUCUUGCCCUUUUAAGGGUUCUUGCCCGUUGUUUCUGUGUCUGAUUUGGUGUUUUUCUUUCAAAAAAACUAAGCCGUGUGUCUAUGAGUUGCGGCUAUAUGUAACGUGGGUAUUGGGCCAAAUUAUGAACCUGGGUAACCUGAAGUAGUCCUGAACCCACAAGACAUAAAGCCGGACCAAGAAUUUAAUCAUACGGGGUAAAUGAAUUAGAAAUCUAUCUUCUUAUCCUAUAAAUCCUUCUUUCCCUGAAAGCACUCACUUCAAACUAUGGCUACUCUCGUUGGAGGAACAACCUCUUCUGCACUAGCAAUUCUUGCUUCUAAAUCCAUCUUCUCUCACCCAUCCAUCCUUUUCCUCUCGCCUCCUUCCUCAGGUUUUAGCGCGGGGAAGAAGUGUUAUGGAGGGAUAGCACUUCCAGUAAACAAGGGGAAAUCUCCAUUCCAUUUUUCAGUUUCGAAUGUUGCCACUGAAGCUACCCCUGCUCAACAUCGGGCUCAGAAGCUUGCAGCUAAAGAUAGCAGGCCAGUGUAUCCCUUUUCUGCAAUAGUAGGACAAGAUGAGAUGAAAUUGUGUCUGUUGCUCAAUGUAGUUGACCCAAAGAUCGGAGGAGUCAUGAUCAUGGGAGACAGGGGAACCGGGAAGUCCACAACGGUCCGAUCCUUGGUAGAUUUACUUCCUGAAAUCAAAGUGGUUUCGGGUGACCCAUUUAAUUCGGAUCCAGAUGAUCCAGAGGUGAUGAGUGUGGAAAUCCGGGAGAAAAUAUCAACAGGCGAAGAACUGCCAGUGGUCCUGACCACAAUCAACAUGGUUGACCUUCCAUUGGGUGCGACCGAGGAUCGGGUGUGUGGGACCAUCGACAUCGAGAAGGCUCUCACAGAGGGUGUGAAAGCAUUCGAGCCGGGCCUUCUGGCUAAAGCUAAUAGAGGGAUUCUUUAUGUUGAUGAGGUUAACCUAUUGGAUGACCAUUUGGUGGAUGUUCUAUUGGACUCCGCUGCCUCUGGAUGGAACACGGUCGAAAGAGAGGGAAUUUCAAUAUCACAUCCGGCCCGGUUCAUUCUCAUUGGGUCUGGGAACCCGGAAGAAGGGGAGCUAAGGCCACAGCUUCUCGACCGGUUUGGGAUGCACGCACAGGUGGGGACCGUCAGGGAUGCUGAGCUGAGAGUGAAGAUUGUAGAGGAGCGGGCUAGCUUCGAUCAAAACCCUAAGGAAUUUCGGGAGUCUUACAAAGAAGAACAAGAGAAGCUCCGGAACCAGAUUGAUUCGGCUAGGCGUGCCCUUUCUUCGGUCACACUUGAUCACAAUCUUCGGGUCAAGAUCUCAAAAGUAUGUGCUGAGCUAAAUGUUGAUGGGCUAAGGGGUGAUAUAGUCACAAACCGGGCUGCAAGGGCGUUGGCUGCCCUAAAAGGACGGGGUGAGGUGACUCCUGAGGAUAUUGCAACAGUGAUACCUAACUGUUUGAGACACCGUCUCCGGAAAGAUCCGUUGGAGUCAAUUGACUCAGGGCUGCUUGUCGUAGAGAAAUUUUACGAGGUUUUUAGUUGAGGAAGGUUUGAAGAGAUCAACUCCCAUUCAAGUUGCAGUCAUGUUAUUGAAUUUAGCUGUCCUUGUUGAAGUUCUAUUUAAUUUAGUGAUCUCUAUGUAUGAGGUAAAUCAAUACUUUCUUCCUUUGAUUAAUGACAUUCUGUUCAAUCUUACAUGAGAUAUCAAAGGUGUACCCGCUCUUGUAAUCUGAAAUUCUGAGAGUUAUCUAUUGACCAAAUUCAG